CAAAACUGUACUAGCGUUGGAUUUUUAAAAAAAAAUUUGACUUGGGACCCUGGAUGUGAACUGGACCAUGGAAUCAGCUGGCGAGUCAAACACAGCUUUUAAAAAUGCUGGACUUGAGGCUCCGGACAUCGUGGUUAUUGUCAUUUUUCUCAUCUUUUGUCUCCUGGUCGGAAUCUGGGUGAGUGGUGUGUAUUUGUCUUAUGGUCCGAAUCUUGGUGAGUAGUUUAUAAGAAAUAUAAGAAUAAAUAUUUGUAAGAUAUAAUUUAUAUUUUUUUCGCGGCAUCAACAUGUUUUUGCUAUGUGGUGCUAUGUGAUCAAUGCAUGGGUGCUAAGUGAUCAACGCAUGGGUGCUAUGUGGUGCUAUGUGAUCAAUGUAUGGGCUCUAUAUGGUGCUUUGUGAUCAAUGUAUAGGUUCUAUGUGGUACUAUUUGAUCAAUGAUUGGGUGCUAUGUGGUACUAUGUGAUCAAUUUAUGGGUGAUAUGUGGCAUUAUGUGAUCAAUGUAUGGGUGCUAUGUGGUACUAUGUGAUCAAUGUAUGGGUGCUAUGUGGUACUAUGUGAUCAAUGUAUGGGUGCUAUGUGGUACUAUGUGAUCAAUAUAUGGGUGCUAUGUGGUACUAUGUGAUCAAUGUAUGGGUGAUAUGUGGUACUAUGUGAUCAAUUUAUGGGUGCUAUGUGGUACUAUGUGAUCAAUGUAUGGGUGCUAUGUGGUGUUAUGUGAUCAAUGUAUGGGUGCUAUGUGGUACUAUGUGAUCAAUGUAUGGGUGCUAUGUGGCACUAUGUGAUCAAUAGGUGGUUGCUAUGUGGCAAUAUGUGAUCAAUAUGUGGGUGCUAUGUGGCACUAUGUGAUCAAUAUAUGGGUGCUAUGUGGCACUAUGUAAUCAAUAUGUGGGUGCUAUGUGGCACUAUGUGAAUAAUAUGUGGGUGCUAUGUGGCACUAUGUGAUUAAUAUGUUGGUGCUAUGUGGCACUAUAUGAUUAAUAUGUGGGUGCUAUAUGGCACUAUGUGAUUAAUAUGUGGGUGCUAUGUGGCCCUAUGCGAUUAAUAUGUGGGUGCUAUGUGGCACUAUGUGAUUAAUAUGUGGGUGCUAUGUGGCACUAUGUGAUUAAUAUGUGGGUGCUAUGUGAUCAUUGUAUGGGCUCUAUAUGGUGCUAUCUGAUCAAAGUAUGGAUUCUAUGUGGUACUAUGUGAUGAAUGAUUGGGUGCUAUGUGGCACUAUGUGAUUAAUGUUUAUGUGCUAUGUGAUCAACGUAUGGGUGCUCUGUGAUCAACAAAUAAGGGUUUUGUGAUCAACAUACUGGUGUUAUGUGCUGCUGUGUGAUCAACGUACGCGCAUCAUGUAAUCAACAUGUUGGUGCUAUGUGAUUUCCCCAACACAGUGUGCAGAGAAAAAUUUGACAGAGAACAAUUUUUAGACUUGUGUAUGGUAUAAUAUCAAUUCAGAAUUAGUCAACAGCGCUUUGAUCAAAUCUUAAUGGAGAUAAAGAAAAUGUAUUUUUUUAAAUAAAAUACCAUAACUAAUUUGUGAGUGUCGUAAUUUUAAAGACAGUACCAGUGGAACUUCUCUCCUCAGAGUAAGAAAGAAGAACACUGUGCUGAAAUCUAAAUAUUUACAAAUGUUUUUUUUUUCAUUUGCAGGCAACAUGGCGGACACAGAGAGGAAGCGUCAGUGGUUACUUCCUGGCCGGGCGGGACAUUAUGUGGUUCGCGGUAAUACAUGCUCCAGGGGCGUAGCUGGUGGGGGGCAUAGGGGACAGAAAUCCCCGAGACGCUAGACUAUUUGGGGAGGGGCGCAAAUGGGCAUUGAUGGUAUACUAUUGAUGAAAAUGUGGUUUGAGAUAAUAGGCGCGGAGGGCGAAAGAGCGUAACAAUUAUUAUUCUCCCCAGGUUCCAAACACUCCAGCUACGCCUCUGACAUGCUUCAAGUGUAAACACGAUGUCUUGUGUACACAUACUGUCUUGUUGCGUACACAUGAUGUUUUGUGUACACAUGGUGUAUUGCUAUUUACAUCCUAUCCUAUUAUUACCUUCUGUGUUAUUGUUUACAUGAUGUCAUGUGUACGUGGACCUGUCUUUUUGUGUUAACAUGUUGCCCAGGUGUAAAAUACAUGUUGUGUACGCAUAGGGGUAUCGUUGUGGACACGUGAUGUCUUGUUGUUUACAUGCAUUCUUUGCGUAAUGCAUUUUAAGAAAUUUUAAAUUAUUUUCUUAAUUUUAGUGCAUUUAAACUUGUAUGAGGGAAUUUUUUUAGAGAUAGCUCCUUGACUAUCUCUAUGGCCCUCUCAAGGACUCUCUCCGUGACCAUCUCUAUGAUUCUCUCACAAUUACUCUCUGUAUGAAUUAUUUUCUCUUUGCCUCUUUUCGUGUCUCAUCUCGUGUAUCUUUCAUACCUGCCUGGCUUCCUCUGCCUCUCUUAUCAUUGAUGUCUUUCGCCCAGGUCGGAGCAUCCCUCUUCUCCAGCAACAUCGGUAGUGGCAGCUUUGUUGGUCUAGCUGGUACAGGGGCAGCUAAUGGUAUAGCUGUAGCCAGCUAUGAACUUAACGUGAGUAAUACAACUAUAGCUGUAGCAAGCCAAAAACUUAAUGGGAGUAAUACAACUAAAGCUGUAGCAAGCCAAGAGUUUAAUGGGAGUAAUACAACUAUAGCUGUAGCAAGCCAAGAGCUUAAUGUGAGUAAUACAACUGUAGCUGUAGCAAGCCAAGAGCUUAAUGGGAGUAAUACAACUAUAGCUGUAGCAAACCAAGAGCUUAAUGGGAGUAAUAAUUGUUCAUGUGAGCAGGUGGAGGUAAAUUAACUUUUUAAAUUUUAAUUAGUCCAUAAUUCGGAAAAGGUAAAACGAUGAUCUAUAUAUCAAAAGUUGGAGAAAUUAGAGUAGUAAAAUAGACGUGUACAUCAUAGCAGCUCUGUAGCAUUGCACGAGCUAGAAGUACAGGCACUACAAUGUAGUAGUGCAUGAACUAUAAGUACAGGUGGUACAGUGAAGCAUUGUACGAAAUAGCAGUACAGCCAGUACAGUGUAGCACUGUACGAGCUAGCAGUGCAGUGUAGCCAUGUACAAACUAGCAUUACAGGCAGUACAAUGAAACGUUGUAGGAACUUGUAGUACAGGCAGUACAAUGUAGCACUGUACGAACUAGCAGUGCAGGCAGUAUAAUGUAACAUUGUGUGAACUAGUAGUACAGGCAUUACAAUGUAGCAUUGUGGGAACUUGUAGUAAAGGCACUUGAAUGUAGCAUUGUGGGAACUAGUAGUACAGGCAUUACAAUGUAGCAUUGUGGGAACUUUUAGUAAAGACACUUGAAUGUAGCAUUGUGGGAACUUGUAGUAAAGGCACUUGAAUGUAGCAUUGUGGGAACUUGUAGUAAAGGCACUUGAAUGUAGCAUUGUGGGAACUUGUAGUAAAGGCACUUGAAUGUAGCAUUGUGGGAACUAGUAGUACAGGCAUUACAAUGUAGCAUUGUGGGAACUUUUAGUAAAGGCGCUUGAAUGUAGCAUUGUGGGAACUAGUAGUACAGGCAUUACAAUGUAGCAUUGUGGGAACUUUUAGUAAAGGCACUUGAAUGUAGCAUUGUGGGAACUUUUAGUAAAGGCACUUGAAUGUAGCAUUGUGGGAACUUUUAGUAAAGGCACUUGAAUGUAGCAUUGUGGGAACUAGUAGUACAGUAAAUGGGACUUCCCAAACCAACUAAAAAUCAAUCGCCAUAAGUCAAUGAAUAAAAAUGCCGGUAAAAGGUCAGGUCACAACAUGAAGACAAGGACUGCAAGGAAACCUCAAGUCUGACAUGAGAAGAGCCUGUCAUUACCCUGGUGCUUGACACUAAAUGACAUGUCUGAAAUGAGAAGAGCCUGUACUUAUCCUGGUGCUUGACACUAAAUGACAUGUCUAACAUGAGAAGAGCCUGUCAUUUCACUGGUGCUUGACACUAAAUGACAUGUCUGACACGAGAAGAGCCUGACUCAUUACACUGGUGCUUGACAUUAAAUGACAUGUCUGACAUGAGAAGAGCCUGUCAUUACACUGACGCGUGCUUGACUCUAUACUUUCAGGGUCUGUUUUGUCUUCUACUCCUUGGCUGGCUCUUUGUUCCAGUUUACAUCGCGAGUGGGGUAAGUACUUAUUCGAUGGUGGUUAUCAAACCGUUAAACAAAGAUGUCUUGGUCUGCUACGGUGGUUAUCAAACAGUUGGACAAAGAUGUCGUGGUCUGCUAUGGUGGUUAUCAAACAGUUAACUUUCACUUCACAUUGAGCUAAAUUUUACAAUAUAGUAUAUUUCGAUAUAGAAAAAAAUCUUUAGGAAAUUGAAUACACAUUGUAUAUAUUAAAAUUUCCCUUUACACUUUAUAAGCUAUUCAGUUUAUAUAGUUUAAAAUUACUAUGACACAACUGCUUGUUGUUGACAUAUAGAGGCUCAAAGCUUGUCUUCAGAUUUCAACAAUCUGUAACAAACGGGGGAAAGAAUAUAAUUCAAAUCAUGAGCUUUAAUAAUAAAAAUUGAUUUUUUUAUAAAUCUACUUUCAAGCAGUUGUGUUAACUAAUGCUAUCUUAGUUAAUUGACCUUGAAUGUGUCCCGACCUUGACCUUAAGGUGUACACGAUGCCAGAAUAUUUGAUGCGACGAUUCGGUGGUCAGCGUCUCCAGCUGUACAUGGCGGUGUUGUCUCUGGUCAUCUACGUCUUCACAAAAAUCUCGGUAUGUUGACAGUAAUGCAACUGAAACAAUUCUCCUUUCUCCUCGUUUCUUUGACCAUAAGGUGCUGUAAGUUAACAGUAACAUAAUUGAAGCAAUUCUCCUUGUUUCUGUAAGUUGACAGUAAUAGAACUAAAGCAAUUCCUAUUGUUUCUUUGACCAUAAUUUAAUGUAAGUUCACAGGAUCUAAUAGAAGCAAUUCCUCUUGCUCAGUAAGUUGACAGUAAUAUCAUUGAAACAAUUCUCCUUGUUUCUUGGACCAUAAGUUUCUGUACGCUUAUAUUAAUUUCUAACUGAAGUCUUUUCAGUGUCUGCCAUUAUAACUUGAAGUGACACCCAGAGAUAGAGCUUCACGGACACAAGCAUUGAGUUCAAAGAGUGUUCAAUAUUAUUGUAUUCUUGGCAGGCAGACAUCUACGCAGGAGCCAUCUUUAUACAGCAGGCUGUGCAAUGGGACAUGUAUGUGUCCAUAGUGGUCCUUUUGGUGGUCACGGCUAUCUACACAGUGUCAGGUUGGUCAUUUACAUGGUGUCAGGUUGGUCAUUGACAUGGUUUCAGGUUGGUCAUUUACACGGUGUCAGGUUGGUGGUCAUUUACACAGUGUCAGGUUGGUGGUUAUUUACACGGUGUCAGGUUGGUCAUUUACACGGUGUCAGGUUGGUGGUCAUUUACACGGUGUCAGGUUGGUCAUUUACACGGUGCCAGGUUGGUGGUCAUUUACAUGAUGUCAGGUUGGUCAUUUACACUGUGUCAGGUUGGUCAUUUACACGGUGUCAGGUUGGUCAUUUACACGUGUCAGGUUGGUGGUCAUUUACACGGCGUCAAGUUGGUCAUUUACACGAGAUCAGGUUGGUCACUCACAUGGUGUCAGGUUGGUCAUUUACACGGUGUCAGGUUUUUCAUUUACAUUGUGUCAGGUUGGUCAUUUACACGGUGCCAGAUUGUUCAUUUACACGAGGUCAGGCUGGUCAUUUACACAGUUUCAGGUUUGUCAUUAUCAGGUUGGUCAUUUACACGGUGCCUAGGUGGUCAUUUUUACGUGGUCAAGUUGGUCAUUUACACGGUGCCUAGGUAGUCAUUUUUACAACGUCAGGUUGGUCAUUUACACGUGGUCAUACGUGUUAUUUGACGAGGAUUUGAAAUUCAAAAUAUUUUCCAUCUUCCAACUGUUUGUUUACUCUUUCUUUGGGGAUAUAUACCAUAAAUAGUCCAUAAAUAUACCAUAAAUAUACCAUAAAUAUACCAUAAAUAUACCAUAAAUAUACCAUAAAUAUACCAUAAAUAUACCAUAAAUAUACCAUAAAUAUACCAUAAAUAAGCAAAUAUUUAUGGUAUAUUAUGGUAUACUUAUGAAAUAUUCAUGGUAUAUUUAUGAUAUAUACAUGGUAUAUUAACGGUACAUUUAAUCAUACAUAAACCAUAAAUGUAACAUGAAUAUAUCUUAAAUGUACCCAAUAUUUAUCAUAAAAAUACCAUAAAAUACUAUAACUAUACCAUAAAUAUAUCAUACUUAUACUAUAAAUAUAUCAUAAUUAUACCAUAAAUAUAUCAUAAAUAUAUUAUAAAUAUGUCAUAAAUAUACCAUAAAUAUAUCAUAGAUAUAACAUGAAUAUAUCAUAAAUAUACCAUGAAUAUUUCAGAAGUAUACCAUAAAUAUACCAUAAAUAUAUCAUACAUAAACCAUAAAUAUAACAUGAAUCUAUAUAUAUAAAAAUGAAUGUUUGUAUGUCUGUCUGUCUGUAUGUCUCGUAUGCGCUCCUACACCAUUCAUGCGAUUGCGACAAAACUUUAAAUAGUUGUUUUUCACAUAACCGGCCAUUUAACUGAAUCAUUAAAAACCUUAUAAAUUGUUUUGUUCCUAGCCGUUGGCCCUUAAUUCCUUUUUUUUUCUUAUAUGAGCUUUGUAAAAUAUUUUCCACAUGUGCUCCUACGCCAUUUAUUCGAUUCAUAUAAAACUUUGGUGAAAUGUUGCGAGCAUGUCUAUAAACAUUUCUAAAUUAUUACAAUCGUUUUAAAUUAUUCAAUUUUGAGCCAGGGGCCUCACAUUCGUUUUUCCUAAUAUGAGCUAUAUAAAUAUAUUUUCAAACCGUAUGCGCUCCUACACCAAUCAUGCGAUUGCUACAAAACUUAAUGAGUUGUUGUCCAUACGCCAGUGCAUUUUACUGUUUUAUUUAAACACUUUUAAAAACAUUCUGUUUUCGGCCGUUGGCCCUUAAUUCGUAUUUUUUCUUAUAUGAGCUUUGUAAAAAAUAAUUUUCAUAUGCGCUCCUACGCCAUUUAUCCGAUUCCGAUAAAAUCUUGGUGACGUGUUGCAAGCUUUUUUAUAAAGGUUUCUAAAUUAUUACAACCGUUUUAAAGUAUUCAUUUUUGAGCCAGGGCCCUCAUAUUCGUUUUUCCUUAUAUGAGCCAUAUAAAUAUAUUUUCAAACCGUAUGCGCUCCUACACCAUUCAUACGAUUGCUACACAACUUGGUGAGUUGUUGUCCAUGCGCAAAUGCAUUUUACUGUGUUAUUUAAACACUUUUAAAAAUAUUCCGUUUUCGGCCGUUGGCCCUUAGUUCGUAUUUUUACAUAUAUAUGAGCUUUGUAAAAAAUAAUUUUCAUAUGCGCUCCUACGCCAUUUAUCCGAUUAUACUAAAACUUUGGUGAGAUGUUGCAAGCUUUUCUAUAAAGGUUUCUAAAUUAUUACAACCGUUUUAAAGUAUUCAGUUUUGAGCCAGGGGACUCACAUUCGUUUUUCCUAAUAUGAGCUAUAUAAAUAUAUUUUCAAACCGUAUGCGCUCCUACACCAAUCAAGCGAUUGCUACAAAACUUAGUGAGUUGUUGUCCAUGCGCCAGUUCAAUUUACUGUGUUAUUUAAACACUUUUAAAAACAUUCUGUUUUCGGCAGUUGGCCCUUAAUUCGUAUUUUUUCUUAUAUGAGCUUUGUAAAAAAUAAUUUUCAUAUGCGCUCCUACGUCAUUUAUCCGAUUGCAAUAAAACGUAAAACUUUGGAGAGAUGUUGAAGCACGGCCGCAGAGGUUUUGAAAUUAUUAUAAACUUUUCAAAAUAUUCCAAUUUUAGCCAGUGGCCUUAUUUACGUUUUUGUCUUAUACGAGCUAUAUAAAUAUAAAUUCAAACCGUAUGCGCUCCUGCACCAUUCACGCGAUUGCGACAAAACUUUGACGAGUUGUUAUCUAUAAACAUAAGCAUUCAUUACAACACUUUUAAAAUAUUCCGUUUUGGGCCGUUGACCCAAAUUCUUAUUUUUUCUUAUAUGCGCUUUGUAAAAAAUAAUUUUCCUAUACCAUUUUUCAGAAAUUCAGAUAAAAAUUUAGUGAGAUGUUGUUCUAUCGCCCACAAAGGUUCUUAAAUUACUACAACCGUUUUAAAAUAUUUAGUGUUGAGCCAGGGGCCCAAUGUUUGUUUCUUACAAAAUUAGCUAUAUAAAUAUAAUUUCAAACCGCAUGCGCUCCUACAUCAUUCAAGCGCUCGCGAUAAAACUGAGGUGAGUUGUUGUCCAUAAGCCAGAGCAUUUUUCUAAGCCAUUAUAACUCUACUAAAAUAUUCCGGUUUUUUUUUUGGUAAUCGCCCCAAAUUCGUGUUUUUUCCUUACAUUAGGAGCUUUAGAAAAAUAAUUUCCGUAUGCGCUCCUCUACAUUAUUACAAUGCGAUAAAAUUUUAGAGAGAUGUUGUGCGCGCGCCCGCCCGCAAAGGUUUCUUAAAUGAUUACAACCAUUUUAAAAUACUCCGUUUUUAGCCAGGGGUCCUAUGUUCGUUUUUUCUAUAUAAGCUAUACAACUAUAAUUUUAAGCUAUACAACUAUAAUUUCAAACAGAGCUAAAGCAUGAAUGGGUAGCUUUUUAAUCAAAUACAAAUAGUGAUAUUAAAUUGAUUGUGUGACAUAUUAAGUAGGUUUCUGAAGUAAUACAACAAUUCUACAAUAUUCCAUUUGUGGAGGGGGGUCCUAAAUUCGUUUUCCACACUUCUAUUAUCUAUAUAAUUAUAGUAUGCAUUUCUAUACCAUUCAUUCGAUUGUGAUCAAACUGGGUCAAGUGAAAUGCGCACUACCGAAAAUGUUUCUAAAUUAGAAAAAAACAUUUUACAAUAUUCCGUUUCGGCCAGUGACCCUAAUUUCAUAUUUUCUUCUAAGAGCUUUGUAACUAUAAUUUCGAACAAAGCUAUUGCAUGUGUGGAAGUAGCUGAAUCCACCGGCAAAUUUUUCAAAUUUAGUACAUCCAUUGUACAAUAUUCCAAUUAGGGCUGGGGACCCUAAAUUCAAUUUAUUUUCUUAAAUGAGCUUCAUCAAUAUAAUUUAUAACGAAGAUAUCAACACUACCGCCCUUGAACAAAUGACACAUUUGUAGUAAAGCAGAGAAAACACGUUUUUACAUUUUUAGUGUAGAGAGUAUUUUUGUUAUGUGUAUAAAUAAGCUUGAAUUUUGUGACGCAUUUUAGAAUCGGAAAUGACAUCGAAAUCGCGUUUUUUUUUUCAACUAAGAGUAUUUCUUGAAUAGAGUCUUAUAAUUUCGGAGUUGUUUUGUGUUAUGUAAAUACAUUUUACACCAAUCGAUGGUUUCUCAAGUAAUUAAAUAACACACUUGACAGCGUAGAUAUUGAACUAUGGUCAUUUUUUACCUCUGGAAUUUACGAUUUAUAAAUUAAUGAGAAACUAUACAACUGGAAAUCUCCUGCCAACAAUGAACGUACCUAUUGUGCGAGGUUUUCAUGUAAAAAGAUGGGAGAUCCUAACGUGUGAGAAUUACAUUCACCAUCAAAACCAUUAUCAUUGUUGGUAUCAGGUGACAAUAGCCAAUCGAAACAUUUCUUGGCAAACAUACGCAAAUGCAAUUCAUGUUUCCAAAUGACAUCGUUCGGUGCAACAAAUAUCGUGCGCGAGAAUUACAUGCCAACAUUUAAAGUAAAGUGAAAGGCUAAAUUUACCAUCGUGUAGGAUCUCUGAUGCCAAUGCCAAAGACAGAUCACAAAUGUCUUCAAAUGAUAUCAUGGGGAAUACUGAUGAGCAAAUCGAUCAGCGUUGUCAUAUCAAUACGGUCACUAAACGAGAAAUUGUCGCUGCAAUGCAAACGUUAUUUUUGCAACACAACGAAUUAAUUCAAAUGUAUAGAGUUGCACUUGAAAAGAUGCCGACUGAUGAAUACAAAGUCAUAGUUAGAGCAGACCUGUCGGCCAACAUGAAAGACAAUACAAUGCACCAACAAUUGAUGAAGUGGCGAUCAUUAUAGUUGGCAAAGAAUUUAACUCAAGUGAUAUAAUUCUUCAUCGCAGAAGUGUUGAUGUUCAGCGAGUCUCAGAAACUCAUCGCUCAUACGUUUGAUCGCAAUAUCCUAUUUUAUUUUGGCAAGGAGAAGAUGGAUAUCAUUUUGACAUCAAAUUGAGAAAUUCGAAUAAGAAAGACAGUGCCAUGAAAUACUAUUCAUAUUUUUUCAAAUGAAUCUUCCGAAAUUGGUUCCAUUGAAGUUACUAUUUUAAAUGGAAAAUUUAAACUAGGUGAUGUACUUUUGCCAUUCACCCCAAUGAUUCCAACAGAUAUGCCAUUUGAAUUCAAACGCCUACAGUUUCCGAUGCGACACGCGUCUACAAUGACUAUCUACAAAGCACAGGGACAAUCGCUACAAGUUUGCGGACUAAAUUUGGAAAACCCAUGCUUCGCCCAUGGACAGAUGUAUGUGGCCUGCUCUCGCGUCGGAAAAUCUUCUGAUUUAUUCGUGUAUAUACCAGAUGGAAAAACAAGAAAAACUUUGAGUAUUUAAAAGCUCUUGAAGAAACAUAAUUAACAUUCAAACACUUUCUUUCUGUGAGUGGCAUUGCAACGCAUGCCGGGUACUCGCUAGUAUAUCAUAAAUAUAUCCAAAAUUUAUCAUAAAUAUACCAUAAAUGCUAUGUUAACAAGUGCAUCUGUGUGUAGCUUUGUACAGUCUAUCGUCUCUUGUUCCAGGUGGACUUAGGGCAGUGAUCUACACGGACACACUCCAGACAGUGAUCAUGGUGAUAGGAUCCCUCGUCUUGAUGGGGAUUAGUAAGUUCUGAUAGACUUGGGGGUCUAAGAGUAGGAAUUAAGUUAAUAUAAGUGGAAAAUAACUAGGGGAAAAGUUUUGUUUGUUAAUUUUAAUAAUUCGAUUUGCAUGCAAGUUACUCUGCAAGUAGGUUUAACGGUACCACUAGAACACUACACAGAGUUCUUUGUCUUUUACUUCAGGUUUCCAGAAAGUCGGUGGUCUGCUGAGUCUGUAUGAAAAGUAUCCUCACGCCAUCGCUUCCUCCUCAUCAUUGAUAGGCAACACCACCAACAACACCAACAACACCAACAACACCAGGUAGGAAUAUACAUUGAGGGCAGCAAGAACGUGUCAUUAAAAUAAGUUUUGAAAGGUAAUUUCUGAUAGACACACUAAAACACAUACAAAUAAUGUUAAAAACCAGCCCUAAUAGUUGCUGUCUCCUUAAUCUUCUACUACAAAUAGUCACUACCUUGACUACAUAUUUUCACAAUCUCUUUUUACUAAUAGCUCAUUUUUCCCAACUAUAUUUAGACUCUAAUCGUGUCCUGCUCGUAAUAUGAAUUUCACUAUUUAACCUUUAAAGUAUCGAUGUUUUCAUGUUUUUUAACUCAUUCCAACAGUAAGCAGCUUAAGUAAUCUCUCACCCUACUCUGUCCACUUUGUUCAUGGCGACAGUCAGUGUGGUAUCCCCACGUCCCAGGCAUUCCACCUGCUGAGGUCAGCAGACGCCUCCGACCUUCCUUGGCCAGGAAACGUAUUUGGAAUAACUAUUCUUAGCAGCUGGUAUUUCUGUAAUGACCAGGUUAGUGAAACACAUUUUUUAAUUAUGUUUGAUUUUUUGAGACCAGAACAAGCGGAGUCUUACUACUAGAUUUUUGCUCCGGAGUUUAAAGAUAAGGAUAUAUUUUAAAAUAACAUUUUUUGUAGGGUUUCUAGAUUUUUACUGAGACCUAGAUGAAUAUAUAACAAUGACGUCAUCAAUUUCUCAAGUUUAUUGGCACUGUGGACUUUUAUAAAGCAAAAGAGAACGAUGACGCAGACAUUUUACUACGCCAAGAACAGAUAAUCCGGUAUAUCCGGGUUUCCCUCUCAUGUUACAGCCACAUGCUCUAGUGCAGUCUUAUUAUUGCGACUAUACUACGUCACUAUUGGCGUUGGCUUCCUGAAAGCAGUACCGCCUUAAGGCAUGGACAUACUGGGUACUUGCCGCCUAAGGUCUUACGCUCUAGGGGAAUCAUGAUGCCCCUACCAAAUUGUUAAUAAAAACUAAAUGCUAUAUAUUGGCAAUUAACUUGCUUUCAAAGUACACCCUAAAUAGCAUUUGUAUCAAAUUAUUUUUUUUGUAAUGACCAGUUUAAAAAGAACAUAAAAAACUCAUAACUUUAUUUGCAACACAAUAUUAGUGGUUUUUCCUUUUUUUCUUCUUUUUUUAAAUUUUAUUUUGUGUAUUUGUAAAAUUAUGAACUAUUUAAAUUGUAAAUAAAAGCAAAAUUUACUCUUAUCCUUAUUGUUUUGUUUGUCGUUUAACAUUCCUUAUGAGGUUAACAUUCCUUAUGAGGUUAGCAGUCCUUUUUUGUGACCAAAAACCUUUUUGAACACUUUAACUUUAAAAAAAUGUCUUGAUUGGACACUACCAGGUUUUAGUCCAACGCACCCUGGCGGCCAAGAACAUGCAUCACGUCAAAGGUGGAUCCAUCCUGGCAGCCUACUUGAAGGUGCUGCCUCUUUUUACAACGGUGUUCCCGGGGAUGAUCAGCCGAGUUCUGUUUCCAGGUAAAACUCGACUUCUGUUUCCAGGUAAAACACGACUUCUGUUUACAGGUAAAACUUGAAUUCUGUUUCCAGGUAAAACUUCUGUUUCCAGGUAAAACUUGACUUCUUUUUCCAGGUAAAACUCGAGUUCUGUUUCCAAGUAAAACUCGACUUCUGUUUCCAGGGUAAAGCUCGACUUCUGUUUCCAGAUAAAACUUGAAUUCUGUUUCCAGGUAAAACUUGAGUUCUGUUUCCAGGUAAAACUCGACUUCUGUUUCCAGGUAAAACUUGAAUUCUGUUUCCAGAUAAAACUUGAAUUCUGUUUCCAGGUAAAACUUGAGUUCUGUUUCCAGGUAAAACUUGAGUUCUGUUUCCAGGUAAAACUUGAGUUCUGUUUCCAGGUAAAACUCGUCUUCUGUUUCCAGGUAAAACUCGACUUCUGUUUCCAGUUCAAACUGAGUUUUGUUUCCUGGUCAAAUUGAGUUUUGUUUCCUGGUCAAACUGACUCCUGUUUCCUGGUCAAACUGAGUUUUGUUUCCUUGUCAAACUGACUCCUGCUGCCAGGCAAACUAAGUAGCAAGACAAAAAUAUAUUUAAUUAUAUUGUGGCACUGGUUACCAAUGAUAAGUUAAAUUUCAGUAUAUGACGCAAUCAGCACAAUCUUUAGUUAUAUUUGAAAGUGAGGCAAUUGCAGCCCAAUCAUAGAUUAUAGUAGAAGUGAGACAGUUGUAGCCCAAUCAUAAUUUAUAGUAGAAGUGAGAUAGUUGCAACCCAAUCAUAAGUUAUAGUAGAAGUGAGACAGUUGCAGCCCAAUCAUAAGUUAUAGUAGAAGUGAGACAGUUGCAGCCCAAUCAUAAGUUAUAGUAGAAGUGAGACAGUUGCAGCCCAAUCAUAAGUUAUAGUAGAAGUGAGACAGUUGCAACCCAAUCAUAGGUUAUAGUAGAAGUGAGACAGUUGCAGCCCAAUCAUAAGUUAUUUUAAAACAUAACGUCAUUUAACUGAGUUGACAAAAUGAAUCAAAAUGGCACAGGUUUGUGGAGAUCUCAUGAAUCAACACGACGAUGUGUAAGAUCUGUUCCUUACUAGUACUUACAUUGGUAUAAGAGCUAUUUUAUUUACUAGUGUAUGCAGAGAUGUUCUACCGCUAGUUAAGACAAAACCUAUAAUCCCAACUUGUCCCUUUCAUGCAUCCCAUGAGAAUACGACAUUGCUGAUUUGACAAAUAGUAACAGACAAUGCAAGUUUUAAGUGUCUUUGUUCCAAGCUACUUAUCAUCUUGUUUGGAAAGUUUAAUGAGUCAUUUAUGAACUUGAUCUUGACACCGUCCUCAGAUGAGGUGGCCUGCACAGACCCUGACACCUGUGAGAAGAUCUGCAGCAACAGGGCCGGGUGCACGAACAUUGCUUACCCCAAGCUGGUGAUAGAGCUACUUCCUGUUGGUGUGUACAUCUUUGCUAGUAGCAUUAGGGGGCCACUUCCUGUUGGUGGGUAAAUAAAUCUUUGCUAGUAGCAUUAGGGGCCACUUCCUGUUGGUGGGUACAAAUUUGCUAGUAGCAGCUGGGGAUACAUCCUGUUGGGUACAUACUCUCUAGUAGCAGCUGGGGCUACGUCCUGUUGCUGUGUACAUCUUUGCUAGUAGCAUCUGGAGCUACUUCCUGUUGGUUGGUAGAGGCUAGUAGCAUCUGGGGAUACUUCCUUUUGGUGGGUACAUAUUUGCUAAUAGCAUCUGGGGCUACUUCCUGAUAGUGGGUAAAUCCUCGCUACUAGCAUCUGGGGCUACCUCCUGCUGGUGAGUACAUCCUCGCUAGUAGCGUCUUGGGCUACUUCCUGUUGGUUGGUAGAUGCAAGUAGCAUCUGUUGCUACUUCCUAUUGGUGGGUACAUUCUCGCUAUUAGCAUCUGGGGCUACUUCCUGUAGACUGGAAGAUGCUAGUAGCCGUCUGGGCUACCUCCAGUUGGUGGUUAUAUCAUUGCUAGUAACAGCUGCUGCUACUUCCUGUUGGUGGGUACAUCAUUGCUAUCAGCAGCUGGUGCUAAAGCCUGUUGGUGGAUUCAUUUUCGCUAAUACUAGCUGGCAUUUCAUUUUUUUUUAAUUAGAAGUUAAAAUAUGAAAUCGUUAAAAAAAUUCAUUAGUUAUUUCAUAAUUAUUGAUUUCAAAAAUUGGCAUUAAAUAUUGAUUUAUUGAUUGCUUUGAUAUUUAUAUCGCGUCGGUAUCCAUGCCACUGUAACAUGCUCACUGCACUCUGGUCCUCCAAAAUCUAUUUAAACAAAAAAAGUUUUUAAUUGUUUCUUAAAUGAUUUUUUAUCAUUUACAAUUCCUCUCAAAGAUUAAGGCAAAACUGUUCCAUAUUGAUUUAGAAAGCUGUUAGGGGUCGUUCGCAAAUUACGUCACGAUCAGGGGAGAGGGAGGUCCAGAAUUUGUGACACUUUGUGACAUGGGGGGGGGGGCAAAAUUUGUGACAUCACGAUUUUUACAUUUUUUUAAAUCUAAAAUUUUCUAAUUUUGAAAAAUCUUUAUUCAAAUAAUUAAAAACAUUAAUUUGAGGUCUAAACUGCCUCAGGUAUCAUAGGUACCGUGAAUCUCAGUUGUGCACACUUUCUGCGCAUAUGGAAAAAUGACGCAAAAACUGUUGUGGCCAUUUUACAUUUCGGCGCGGGGAUCACUUCGUUGUUUUACGUCACAGUUUUCUAAUCAUACUACAUCUUAAUCCAUUAUGGGAAAAUGUUAAAGAAUAAAAUAAAAUCUUAGUUUAGUUAUGAAAAUUGUAUGUAUGUUUUGAUUUUUUUUGUGUGACGUGACACUGGGGUGGGGGGGGGUAAAGAAUUUGUGACACUUUGUGACAAGGGGAGGAGGUUUUAAAAAAAAAGGUCAUUUUUAGCGUGACGUAAUUUAUAAACGACCCCUAAUCUAUUCUAUAGCUUUUUUUGCCCUAAAAAUAUUGAAUUGUGGGAGUUGAACCAAAUCCAUGCAGUAAGAAUGAAAUCCAAAUUUUCACUCCGAUACCAUUAUUCACGUCAACGUCUUUGUGGGCAAUAUGUCUGAUAAUAGCGUUGCUAGCCAGGUCAUGUCUGAUGGUAGCGUUGCUAGCCAGGUCAGGUCUGAUGGUAGCCUUACUGACCUAGUUGUUAUAACGUGCCUUGACCAAAUUUUACUUCAACGUAGAGAUGAGGCAAACACCACUUGUCUCCCAAUUUUUUUUUUAUAAUAAAUUUAUUUAUUACCUGUUGACGUCACCGAUUAAAUGAGUAGCGCUGUACCAAUAUGCCCACCCCUUCCCCGAUUGGGAAAAGGUUGGCUCCGUUUUUUUAACGUUCUAAUUUGUUCUAAAGAAUGAUAUCGGGUGAUGCAAUUUCUAUAAUUUUUAUUUUGAUGUUCCAACUCACCCCCUAUAAAUAAGCCAUCAGCUUUCCCUGCCGAGGGAUACUUUUGCUAAUUUUCCCAGACAUUUACGAGAUGUUAUCUAUUUAUAGGAGCCUUUCAAGAUUGUACUAUUAAUGUGUGUGUGUGUAUUACUAUUUGCAUCUUUCAAGGAUGAUCAUGUUUUACUUACUGUGCUAUCGCUACUGACCAGGUUUGAAAGGUUUGAUGCUGGCCUCCAUGAUCGCCGCUCUGAUGUCGUCCUUGACCUCCAACUUCAACAGCGCCGCCACCAUUUUCACCAUCGACAUCUGGAAGCGUUUUCGCGUGAAGGCGUCAGAGGCGGAGAUGUUGGUCACCGGAAGGUAAGUCUGACCAGUGGCGUAGCUGGGGGGGCUCGGGGGGGUGCGGAACGCACCGGAUGACACCAGCCCUAGCUACGCCACUGAUUCUUACCAAUUUAUAGACGUGAAUGAACUAAAACAUUCAGGAACUGUUCAGGGUUUCUCUUCGUUCAGCUGUAAAAUUAAUAAAUCAUCCCACACACUGUUGUUGGCAUCAUGAAACAUUGAACAUACAAUGUUACGUUUAUGUGUUCUUUGAAUAUUGAUGACAGAGUGGCUGUCACAAAAGAUGAAGCAUAUUUUAAUGCAAAAAAAAUAUUUUUUUUAAUGAAUUGUAUUAAUUUUAAGUUAUUUAAAAACUCAAUCAGUCUUUGUGUGUGUGUUAUUGAUGUCGUUUAAAAAAAUAAUAUUAUUAAGUAUUUAUAAAAGAUUUAUUUGGAUGACAUUCUUGAGGCCAUAGACACAUUCCUCCAUUAUUUGGAUGACAUUCUCGAGGCCAUAGACAAAUUUCUCCAUUAUUUGGAUGACAUUCUUGAGGCCAUAGACAAAUUUCUCCAUUAUUUGGAUGACAUUCUCGAGGCCAUAGACAAAUAUCUCCAUUAUUUGGAUGACAUUCUUGAGGCCAUAGACAAAUUUCUCCAUUAUUUGAAUGACAUUCUUGAGGCCAUAGGCACAUUCCUCCAUUAUUUGGAUGACAUUCUCGAGGCAAUAGACAAAUUUCUCCAUUAUUUGAAUGACAUUCUUGAGGCCAUAGACAAAUUUCUCCAUUAUUUGGAUGACAUUCUCGAGGCCAUAGACAAAUUUCUCCAUUAUUUGGAUGACAUUCUUGAGGCCAUAGACACAUUCCUCCAUUAUUUGUAUGACAUUCUUGAGGCCAUAGACAAAUUUCUCCAUUAUUUGAAUGACAUUCUUGAGUGCAUAGACACAUUCCUCCAUUAUUUGGAUGACAUUCUUGAGGCCAUAGACAAAUUUCUCCAUUAUUUGAAUGACAUUCUUGAGGCCAUAGACACAUUCCUCCAUUAUUUGGAUGACAUUCUUGAGGCCAUAGACAAAUUUCUCCAUUAUUUGAAUGACAUUCUUGAGGCCAUAGACACAUUCCUCCAUUAUUUGGAUGACAUUCUUGAGGCCAUAGACAAAUUUCUCCAUUAUUUGAAUGACAUUCUUGAGGCCAUAGACAAAUUUCUCCAUUAUUUGGAUGACAUUCUUGAGGCCAUAGACAAAUUUCUCCAUUAUUUGAAUGACAUUAUUGAGGCCAUAGACACAUUCCUCCAUUAUUUGGAUGACAUUCUUGAGGCCAUAGACAAAUUUCUCCAUUAUUUGAAUGACAUUCUUGAGGCCAUAGACAAAUUUCUCCAUUAUCUGGAUGACAUUCUCGAGGCCAUAGACAAAUUGCUCCAUCAUUUGGAUGACAUUCUUGAGGCCAUAGACAAAUUUCUCCAUUAUUUGGAUGACAUUCUCGAGGCAAUAGACAAAUUUCUCCAUUAUUUGAAUGACAUUCUUGAGGCCAUAGACACAUUUCUCCAUUAUUUGGAUGACAUUCUUGAGGCCAUAGACAAAUUUCUCCAUUAUUUGAAUGACAUUCUUGAGGCCAUAACACAUUCCUCCAUUAUUUGAAUGACAUUCUUGAGGCCAUAGACAAAUUUCUCCAUUAUUUGGAUGACAUUCUCGAGGCCAUAGACACAUUCCUCCAUUAUUUGGAUGACAUUCUCGAGGCCAUAGACAAAUUUCUCCAUUAUUUGAAUGACAUUCUUGAGGCCAUAGACACAUUCCUACAUUAUUUGAAUGACAUUCUUGAGGCCAUAGACACAUUCCUCCAUUAUUUGAAUCACAUUCUUGAGGCCAUAGACAAAUUUCUCCAUUAUUUGAAUGACAUUCUUGAGGCCAUAGACAAAUUUCUCCAUUAUUUGGAUGACAUUCUUGAGGCCAUAGACAAAUUUCUCCAUUAUUUGAAUGACAUUCUUGAGGCCAUAGACACAUUUCUCCAUUAUUUGGAUGACAUUCUUGAGGCAUAGACAAAUUUCUCCAUUAUUUGAAUGACAUUCUUGAGGCCAUAGACACAUUCCUCCAUUAUUUUAAUGACAUUCUUGAGGCCAUAGACACAUUCCUCCAUUAUUUGGAUGACAUUCUUGAGGCCAUAGACACAUUCCUCCAUUAUUUGGAUGACAUUCUCGAGGCCAUAGACAAAUUUCUCCAUUAUUUGAAUGACAUUCUUGAGGCCAUAGACACAUUCCUCCAUUAUUUGAAUGACAUUCUUGAGGCCAUAGACACAUUCCUCCAUUAUUUGGAUGACAUUCUCGAGGCCAUAGACAAAUUUCUCCAUUAUAUGGAUGACAUUCUUGAGGCUAUAGACAAAUUUCUCCAUUAUUUGGAUGACAUUCUCGAGGCCAUAGACAAAUUUCUCCAUUAUUUGGAUGACAUUCUUGAGGCCAUAGACAAAUUUCUCCAUUAUUUGGAUGACAUUCUUGAGGCCAUAGACAAAUUUCUCCAUUAUUUGGAUGACAUUCUUGAGGCCAUAGACAAAUUUCUCCAUUAUUUGGAUGACAUUCUCGAGGCCAUAGACAAAUUUCUCCAUUAUUUGGAUGACAUUCUUGAGGCCAUAGACAAAUUUCUCCAUUAUUUGGAUGACAUUCUUGAGGCCAUAGACAAAUUUCUCCAUUAUUUGGAUGACAUUCUUGAGGCCAUAGACAAAUUUCUCCAUUAUUUGGAUGACAUUCUUGAGGCCAUAGACAAAUUUCUCCAUUAUUUGGAUGACAUUCUCGAGGCCAUAGACAAAUUUCUCCAUUAUUUGGAUGACAUUCUUGAGGCCAUAGACAAAUUUCUCCAUUAUUUGGAUGACAUUCUUGAGGCCAUAGAUAGCUUUCUGUGACCAUUUGGGUUAAAAGACAGCUGGUGACUUCUGUAGGAAUGUAAUAAUUAUUAUCAUCAAGUUAGUGUAACGAGUUCCUCGUGACGUCCAGUAAGUAGUUGAAGCCUGAUGCCAUUGAACACUUGGGCCAAGCCAUGAACACGGACUGUAGUUAUGUUUAAGUCAUCACACAGCUAAUGAGAUAAUAACACCUCCACCACAUCCACUAACAUCACCACCACCACUACCACCACCAUCAUCAUCACAAUCACCACCAUCCCCAUCACAACAUCAGCCCCACCAUCAACAUUACCAUCAUUACCACCACCACUAUCACCACCACAAUCAUAACCCCCACUACCACCGUCCCCACCAUCAUCCCUACCACCUCCACCAACAGACUUAACAACAUCAACAUGAAAACGUUUUGGUUUCAGGAUAUUCAUCGUUGUCCUCAUGGGACUCAGCGUCCUGUGGAUCCCUGUGCUGCAGGCCUCGCAAGGGGGGCAACUCUUCAACUACAUUCAAACCGUGACCGGCUACUUCGCUCCCCCUAUUUUAGCCUUGUUCUUGCUGGCUGUUCUGUGGGAGCGCACAAAUGAGCAAGUACGAUCUGAUGUUGUUAUCAUUCAUGCACUAUCAUCAUCAUGAUUUUUAUCAACAUACAUGUACAUUGGUUCAAACGUAAUCUUAAAAUAUCUGGCAUAACAAACACUGUUAGAUAAUAUAUAUAUAUAUAUAUAUAUAUAUAUAUAUAUAUAUAUAUAUAUAUAUAUAUAUAAGAGAGAUACACAAUAUAAAUAUUUUUAUAUAAAGUAUAUACACAAAAAUAUAUAUAUAUAUAUAUAUAUAUAUAUAUAUAUAUAUAUAUAUAUAUAUAUAUAUAUAUAUAUAAGAGAGGUACACAAUGUGAAAUUUUUGCUUCAAAGUAUGGACCGAAAAAUGCAGAAAUUCUUUUGUUCCCCAAUCUGUCAGGAUUGACCAGCAUGUCUCCCCAUCGGUCAGAACAUUUAUAAUUUGUUAUUAAGUCGUCAGUUUGAUCAUUAUAAAACAUGUUUUGUCGAUAUUGAUGGUUGGAUCUGUAUUUGAAAAAAUAUUAUGAAACUGUCCUAACUUAAAAUUGACCUGGUUUAAAUGAUUUUAGUUAUUUUUAAAAUCAUCAAUUUUUUUUUUUACCGUUAAUGUUUAUAUUUAAGAUUUGUACAGUGUAAUCAUUGAAAACUAAUUUUAUAAUCUCUUAUAAGAUAUAAGUCUUGUAUUUCAAAAAUAAUCUUAUCUAUCUUAUUUAUAAGAUAUAACUCUUUUAUUUCAUAAAUAAUCUUAUCGAUCUUAUGAGAUAUAAGUCUUGUAAUUUAUAAAUUACCUUAUCUAUCUUAAAUAUAAGUCUUGUAUUUGAAAAUUGAUUUAAGUCAUUUAUCACAGUCCGCGACGCAAUGAGGUGCAUUCAUUCUUUUGAGGAAUUCCUUAACGACAAAUGUUUUCUGCCAUGUCAGGGUGCAUUCUGGGGACUUAUGAUUGGCUUGACCGUUGGGGUCAUCAGAAUGGGUCUCGACUUUGGCUUCGGGAGCCCCGCAUGUGGCGAGGUGGACCUCCGCCCCGUGAUCAUCUCCAAAGUCCAUUUUCUCCACUUCACCAUCGUUCUUUUCGUUGUUAGCUUCAUUGCCACCGUCGUCAUCUCCUUGUUAACACCCGCCAUUGAUCGGAAACACGUAAGAAAUCAAAAGAUAUUUACAAUUUAUAAAUAUCAUCUUUUAGUGGGUGGGAAGGGGGGGGGGGUAAGUUGUCGGCUAUGGUUAUUAGUAUUAUAUUGUAAUUUAAAGGCAAAUUAGGGAUCCAUCAUGGGUUUAUCAGGGGUCCAUUGGCUCUGUUAAAAACUUGAAUAAAAGACACCCAGAGUGAGAGGAUUUCAUGGAGCGUGUUCUUAUCAACUCGUGCUUUGAUGUUUCUUUCCCCCCAGACCAUCCGUUUAACGUGGUGGACACGGCACAGUGAGAAACACAGGGAGGACUUCCCUGCUGAGCACGUCCGACAACUCAAAGCCGCACAGAGCUUGGAGCAGGAACGGAAGAACCCCAGAGCAGGUUGGCGAUUGUAGUGGAUCUGUGGGACAAACAGUUUAUAAUAAUGCCUUCUCCAUUGUUUCCACUGAGGUCCACGCUUCGUUUAAAAUAUCCGUGAACUCUUGGCAGCCAACAAUUGUAUCACUCACACACCUUAUAGACACACACACCCACACACACACGUGUUUAUUUCUCAAGAUAUCUCGAUCAAUGACAAGUAGACAUAGAAAUACAAGUCAGAUGCUUUAAGUCACACUGACAACAAGAUCCCACCAAGCAGUGAUUCUCAUCCCUCAACAUAAAGAGCAAUUUAUCAUGAUUUAAUCUGGAGACAUGCACAUGUUUUUAUUCGAUCUAAGGUAGAGAACCUAUGAAUCCUUAAUAACGGGAUAAAAGGGAGACAACCUCAUCUUAUCUUGUUCAAAAGAAUUAACGCCCUUUCCGCCCAACCUCUGAUUUAUCCCCAGAUCCAGCUACUGCUUCGAGAUGGCGCAAGUUGUUCUACCUGUUGUGUGGUUACGAGCCACCUGUUGAUAGCCAACUGACCGAGGCAGAGAUUCGAGAGCAGAAAAAGCUGCUGACGUCCAUAGAAGAGAAAGGUUUCUGGAGACACUUUGUCAACGUCAAUGCUCUGGUCCUCAUGGCGUUUGGUCUAUUUCUGUGGGUGUUCUUUGCUUGAUGGACCAUGUUUGUUCGAGGGAUCAUGUUUGCUUGAUGGACCAUGUUUGUUCGAUGGAUCAUGUUUGCUUGAUGGACCAUGUUUGUUCGAGGGAUCAUGUUUGCUUGAUGGACCAUGUUUGUUCG